AUGAAGCUCUCAUCAAUUGUCACGUUCUGUGUCUUGGGACAUUUGGCUACUGCCGCUCCCUUUCUUCAUCUCAAGAGAGAAGCUGAUCCAAAGCUGGUUGUUGUGACCCAAACCGUUAAGAAAACCGUUGUCAUCACUCCAGGCGCUACUCAGGCGCUCGGCGGUGUCGAGAGUGCUACAACGAGCAGCACACCUGUCACUACCUCAUCGGCAGCCUCGGAUGAGGACGACCUUGUUGGAACUUUCAACGUUGAGGUGGCUUCAAGCUCUUCUGCUGACCCAUAUGAGACCGACAGUGCUCAGCCAGCCUCCACCGCUCCUCCAGUCACACUAAGCACUUCUUCGACAACACCAACUCCAACAGAGGCCUCCUCAACCACCCAAACGUCUGCAUCUUCCGCAUCUGCCACUUCGGCCACUUCUUCAAGUUCAUCUGAUUCCUCCAACUCGGACUUCCAGGAGGCAAUCCUCAAGGAGCACAACGACAAAAGAGCUUUGCACGGUGUUGAAGCGCUUACGUGGGAUGACACUCUUGCCCAAUAUGCUCAGAACUACGCUGACCAGUACGACUGUUCCGGAGUUCUGACUCACUCCGGAGGAAAGUACGGCGAAAACUUGGCCCUAGGCUACUCUACCACCGGUACCGUGGAUGCUUGGUACAAUGAAGGACAGAACUACAACUAUGGUUCGGGCUGUUCUGUUUAUGAUCACUUCACCCAGGUUAUCUGGAAAUCUACAACGAAGGUUGGAUGUGGAUACAAAUAUUGCAACGACUACUGGGGAACUUACAUAGUAUGCUCCUAUGACCCUGCAGGAAACGUUAUUGGUGGGUGUGCUUCCAAUGUUCCUCCGCUUUCUUCUUAG